UUACAUGAAUUGGUCAUGUCACAUCACAUCUGUCAGAAGCCGCUUUAUUGUACAAAACAAUCAUGAGCCAAUGAGAAAAUUCAGUGAAUCAGGGAAUAUGUAUCGUAAAAUAUUAGUUUUAAUUUGUUUGUUUGUUAAUUUUCACGAUCUCACCGCAUCGCCCGACCGAUACAAUGAAGAAUUAUUUAUAAAAGCCUUGCAUUCCGGUCACGUUUAUACAUAUUUUCAAUUCACAACCGAAUGGAUAAUUCAAAACAAUGAAAGUUUUUAUCACACACAUUUGGUGGCCCGACCAUUGGCCGAGAUAAUUUCAAAGUAUGACUUGAUGGAGUUGCAUGUCAGCCUGACUAAUGGAUUGUGGCGAUAUGAAAGUUGGGGCUAUCCAGUGGUUGAUUCACCUGGUGGUGCUGAGGUGACCGUGUGGUUCAAUGCUCAAAAUCGAACCGAUGAAUACAUUGACGAACAGUGGAAAGAACUAUGCGGUAUUUUAUCGGGGCUGCUGUGUGCAUCGUUCAGUUUUAUCGAUAAAUCGAACACAGUUGAACCGGAGUACACAUUUCGACCGACAUUUUCACCGGGUACCGGCAAAGCAAGCCUAAAUAAUGUCGACACCAAUAAAUAUCGUAUUCGUUAUGCAACAUUGCCGCGUGAAAUUGUGUGUACAGAGAAUUUGACACCGUGGAAAAAACUUUUGCCCGGAUCCAGUCGAUAUGGUGGAACCAGAUCACUUUUAAACUCAGGUUUUAUUCACACCACCAAUUACCAUUCGCUCGGUUUGCAUGUACGUCGUUUGGCACGCACGCCGGUAAAAUCACAACCGAAAACAUCAUCGAACCAAGCAAUGGAAUUGCUUGAAAUCAAACAAACGGUAAACUGUGUGUUCGAUACUAAAAUCACGUCAAACUCUCAAGAUUGGUCGCUUCGCAAACUCUUCGGCCAAGGCAUGGAUGGUGCACAUGAUUUAGCGGAAAGUACUAAAAUUUAUGUGGAUAUUACUGAUGCAAAUUACAUAUUAUCACCAGAACCGACAAAAACAAUUACAACCCAACGAGGUGGAACGACAACCACGUUGGCAGUUUAUGAUGUUAAAGAACAAUUUAAGAACCAACUAUUCUCUAUUGCUGGCAUUUAUCCAAGCAAUGACAACACGAAUGCUGCACCAAUUGUUAGUUUAUCCGCUCCACCGCCAUUGUAUGCCAAACGGUUUCUUUUGGGAGUCGGACAAGAACGCGGCAAAAUACUGACGAAAAUCACAAACACACAUUGGGCCGCAUUGAAUGUUGUGCUACAAGAAAAUCUUCCCUGGUUUGUUCCCGUUUAUUUGCAUACAUUGACAAUCACAGUGAACGGGGUGAAUAAGAAAAUUAAACCAAAUGCCAUAAAAUAUAAGCCGGGACGAUUGAGAGAACGACCGUCACAAUUGGAAAUUGCUUUUAAGAUUCCGAAUAGAUGUACCGUCGAUGUUGCCAUUGAUUUCGAUUAUGUGUUCUUGAAAUGGCUUGAAUAUCCACCAGACGCAAAUCAUGGACACUACAUCGGUUCGGCAAUUUUGGUCACCCAGUUGCCAGUCGCUCGUAAUUACACUGCCAUUCCAAUCGAUGGCCAUUUGUUUGCAGAUAGUUUUAAUGCCAGCCGACCAAAUGGUUAUUUGAUUAAUAUUCGCACCGAAUCACUGCUGAUUACAUUGCCCACGCCAGAUUUCUCAAUGCCCUAUAACGUCAUCUGCUUGGCAUGCACGGUAGUUGCAUUAGCGUUUGGACCAAUUCAUAAUUUCUCCACGAAAAAACUUACGUUCAGCAAAAAAUCCAAAGACGGCACCGAAAGUGCAGCACCAAAGUCAUUACUGGCUAAAAUUAAGGCAAUAUUCAAAAAAUAAUUUGAUUUUUAUGGAAUUUUAUUUUUUGUUUUGUGUUCGAUCAAAUAAGGAUGAUUCUGAUUCAUCAAAAAGUACAUUUUUUUACGUUAAUAAAGAAAAGUAUUAAAAAACAUUAAUUUAAAAAAAAAAGUA